AAGACCAUCACUUAUUUAUCAGCUCUGUCGAGAUAAAGACCAUUAUUGUUUUCUUACGAAGCUUCGUUAUUUAUAACGAAAAUUAACAGAUUGUUUACACGGUUCGAGAGAGACGCAUGUGCUCUUGAUUCAUUAUUCAUGUGAUCAAUAAGACUGAUUAUUUAUUAUACUAGAGUUUGAUUCAGAAGGCUAAUUAGUAUUAAAUCAUGUUACGGUCGCAGACAUUUCGCUCGGGAAGGCGCUACCAGCUGGCAUGCUACUCGACGGCGAAGGGUCCAGGCGGGCCUUUAAAGUGGAUCGUGAAUCUCUGGUUAAAAACCGCGGCCGCCUAUACAAAUCGAUUGACAUUGCUUCCCAAAGGAAUUUCUAAAGAAACUAUAAACCCUUGGCCCGAGAGACUCUCCCAGAUGGAAUUAUUUUCACCAAUAACUAGUACACAACCUCGACGCGUCAUAGCGAUCCGCCGCGAGGACCAGUCGGUGUGGGAGCGUCGGGCGCCCUUCUCCCCGGCCAACGUCAACCGCCUCGUGAGGAAGGGCGUCAAGGUCAUCGUGCAGCCGUCCAACAGGAGGGCUUAUCCUAUGCAGUCCUACAUCAGCGCUGGAGCAGUGAUUCAGGAAGACAUCAGCGAAGCCAAUGUGAUAUUCGGCGUGAAACAGACACCAGUCGACUUGUUGAUACCCAACAAGACCUACUGCUUCUUCUCCCACACCAUCAAGGCUCAAGAGGCUAACAUGCCCAUGUUGGAUGCUAUAUUGGCUAAGAACAUUAGGCUGCUAGACUACGAGAAGCUGAUGGACGGCUCCGGCAACCGCGUGGUGGCGUUCGGCAAGUACGCGGGGGUCGCCGGCAUGAUCAACAUCCUGCACGGGAUCGGGCUGCGGCUGCUGGCGUUAGGGCACCACACGCCUUUCAUGCACAUAGGCCCAGCCCACAACUACCGCAGCUCCAGCAUGGCUCGCCAGGCCAUCCGGGACGCCGGCUACGAGGUGGCACUCGGCAUGAUGCCCAAGUCUUUAGGACCCCUGACCUUCGUGUUCACCGGCUCGGGGAAUGUCUCACAGGGAAGCCAAGAGAUAUUCCAAGAACUACCUCAUGAAUAUGUCCCACCAGAGAUGUUGAGGAAGGUUGCUGAGCAUGGAAGCCCAAACAAGAUAUAUGGUUGUGAAGUUAGAAGAAGGCAUCAUUUGGAGAGGAAGAACGGAGGAGGGUAUGAUGCCCAGGAGUACGAGGAACAUCCUGAAAGAUACAUCUCUACAUUUGCACAAAAGAUAGCGCCAUACACAUCAGUGCUGGUGAACUGCAUCUACUGGGCCGUGGACAGUCCGAAGCUGCUGACGAUCCCUGACGCGAAGCACCUUCUCAUCCCCUCCAAUACCCCCUGGCUGCCCAAGAGCAUCGGAGCACCAGCUCUGCCUCACAGAAUGUUAGCCAUCUGCGAUAUAUCUGCCGACCCAGGCGGUUCCAUCGAGUUCAUGAACGAGUGCACGACUAUCGACACCCCGUUCUGUCUCUACGACGCAGAUCGGAAUAAAGACACUAAAAGUUUCAAAGGCCCUGGCGUGUUAGUAUGUUCUAUAGAUAACAUGCCUACCCAGUUGCCGAGAGAGUCCACAGACUUUUUCGGAGAUCUUCUGUACCCAUACGCUGAAGACAUCAUGAAGUCCGACGCAUCGAAACCUCUCGAUGAUCACGACUUCAGUCCGGUGGUUCAAGGGGCUAUCAUUACAAGCAAUGGAAAGUUGACCGCACCUUUUGAAUACAUAAAUGAACUGCGCCAGUCGAACACACGCUCCAGGCAUAAGGUAGAAGGCAAUGACACAGAAAAUUCUGUUGUAAUUUUGGGCAGUGGAUUGGUUUCUGCUCCUGUUGUCGAAUAUCUUUCCAGAGAAAAGGGUGUUGCUGUAACCAUAGCAUCACAAGUAAAAGAGGAGGCGGACGCUCUAGCCGACCGCUACGGCGUGCAAUCCGUGUACCUCGAGGCCAACGACGAGGCGGCCCUCAGGGAGGUCGUAUCCAAGUCCAGGCUGGUGAUCUCCCUGCUCCCGUACGACCUGCACGGGGUGGCGGCGCGCGCCUGCAUCGCGGCGGGGGUGCACAUGGUGACGGCUUCGUAUGUGACACCGGAGGUUCAGGACCUGCAUGAUGCUGCCAAGAACGCGGGCAUCACGAUCCUGAACGAGGUCGGCCUGGACCCCGGCAUCGACCACCUGCUGGCGCUGGAGUGCAUCCACGACGUGCAGAACCACGGCGGCCGCGUCGACUCCUUCGUCUCUUACUGCGGAGGUCUCCCGGCAGCAGAGUUCAGCGACAACGCGCUCCGCUACAAGUUCUCGUGGAGCCCGCGCGGCGUGCUGCUCAACACCAUCUCCGCCGCCAAGUACCUGAGCAGGGGACAGGUAGUAGAAGUCCUCAGCGGGGGUGAGCUGAUGUCCGUGGCUCGGGACCUGGACUUCCUCCCAGGGUUCGCCUUCGAAGGUUUCCCCAACCGGGACAGCACAAAGUACGCCAAACUGUACGGAAUCGAAGACGCCCACACUAUCUUCAGGGGUACCCUACGGUACAAGGGCUUUGCGGAAUGUAUGACUGCGCUGCAACUGUUCGGGCUUGUGGACCCUAACCCUCACCCAUCUCUGCACCCUGAAGGUCCUGAAAUUACUUGGCGUCAAUUCGCGUGUGAGCUUCUUGGCUUGACAGACUCUUCAAUCUUCUACGGCAAUCUCAAAGGGCGGCUCACAGAACGAAUUGGCCCAGUUGGAACUCACGCGCUGGAGUCUUUGGGACUCCUUGAAGAUGAAGCUAUCGUGAAACGAUCCACACCUUUAGAUACCAUCAGUCAUUAUUUGAGCAAAAAACUCGUUCUUGAAAACGGCGAAACCGACUUCGUGGUCCUCCGCCACGAGGUGGGCGUGACGUGGGGCGACGGGCGCAAGGAGCGGCGUGACGUCACCAUGACGGUGCGCGGGGACCCCGCCUCCCACACCGCCAUGGCCCGCACUGUCGGCCUGCCCACCGCUAUCGCUGCCAAGAUGGUGCUGGAUGGUGAGAUCCAGGACCGCGGGGUGCUGCUGCCCUUCGCGCCCGUGGUGUAUCGCUCCCUGCUGUCCCGCCUGCGCGCCGACGGCAUCAACGCCAAGGAAACCACCACGCCAUUGAACUAGACAUGACUGUGUCAUCAUCACGACCUAUUACGCCCCCACUGCUGGGGCAUGGGGCUCUGGAUGAAGGAAGGGUUUUAGGCCACUAAACUUUUUGUGUGUGUGACUUUGAGAAUGACGCGUUUAUGUGGUCCUUUCAAGAUGAUUGUGCUGUGCUUAGUGUUAUGUUGAAGUUGUAAAUAAUAGUAUUUAUUUAUUCAUUGUCAAAUUAAUUUUAAUUGUAAGUUUAAGGAAGAUGUUUUAUAAUAAAGUUAGUUUU